GAUAACUGAAGAUGGUUAUACACAACCAUCUUACUCACAUACUGAAAUAUUUAAUCAUUGCCUAUUAUUUAACAAUUUCCAUAUUUGUAUGUAUUGUAAGAAGAAAAAUGGAAUAUUAGUAUACAUACAUCGUAUGCGAUCAGCCAAGCCAAAUUAAACACCCACCGAUCACUUCUCUCUCUACAUUCCCUUCCUCCUCCGCACCGAUCUGUACACACAAAAUUCAAUCAUCACCGUCUUCAAGCGGCAAAAAGUUUGAGAGUGCGAUCAAUUGGACUUGCCUUGCUGUGAUUGAUAUAACCGAUUUGUUUAUUUAAUAGUAUUACGGAUUUGUUCCUUGGCUCCGAUAAAUUUUAUUAUGCAUGUAUAUAGGUGUAGGAAUGGAUGAGCAGUUGGAAACCCUAAGGUUAGUAGAUUGGUCAGGGACAUCAUGGAAUCGGAAUUUAAAUGCGGUGGGGGACACCGCGAGGAGGGAAGAUCGGGAUUGUUGAGUUGUGUGAUGGUUAAAACUUCAUUGCCAUUUUGCAGGAGUUUUUUGGGGAGUUUUGUUCUGAGAGUAUUUGCGUUGAUAGUAUUGGCGGCAGAGGCGGAGGCUGUAGUGGUUUGUUGAUUUGUCUGAGGCGGUGGCGGAGGAGGAAGAUGCAGCUGCACUUCUCACCUAGCAUGAGAAGUAUAACGAUAUCUUCGAGCAGCAGCAGCGGAGGAAAUGUCAACGGAGGAGGAGGAGAUUUGAUGAAGAUCAAGGUCGCAGCUCGCCACUGCUCGUACCGCACUCUCUUCCACACCAUUCUUAUACUUGCAUUUUUGUUGCCGUUUGUGUUCAUUCUCACGGCUCUCGUCACACUUGAAGGUGUCAACAAGUGUUCCUCAUUCGAUUGCUUAGGGAGACGGUUGGGACCAAAGCUUCUUGGUAGAGCUGAUGACUCUGGGAGGCUCGUCAAGGACUUUGUUAAAAUACUGAAUCAAGUCAACUCUGACAAAAUCCCCGAUAAUCUAAAGAUCCCAGAUUCUUUCAGUCAACUGGUUUCUGAAAUGAAAAACAACAAAUACAGUGCAAAGGAGUUUGCUUUAAUUAUAAAAGGAAUGAUUGAGAGCUCUGAAAGAGAGAUCAGGGUCUCCAAGUUUGCUGAACUAAUGAAUAAGCAUUUUGCUGCCAGUGCAAUCCCUAAGUCCAUUCACUGUCUCUCACUGAGGCUGACUGAUGAGUAUGCUUCCAAUGCUUAUGCACGCAGACAAUUACCUACUCCAGAGUUACUUCCUUUGCUUUCUGACAACUCCUACCAUCACUUUGUGUUAUCAACAGAUAACAUUCUUGCUGCUUCAGUUGUUGUGACUUCUGCUGUCCAGUCAUCUCUGAACCCUGAAAAGAUUGUUUUCCAUGUCAUAACGGACAAAAAAACUUAUGCAGGCAUGCAUUCAUGGUUCGCCCUAAAUCCUCUGUAUCCUGCUGUGAUUGAAGUUAAAGGUAUACAUCAAUUUGAUUGGUUAACAAGAGAGAAUAUCCCAGUUCUUGAAGCUGUGGAGAAUCACAAUGGAAUACGAAAUUACUACCAUGGAUAUCACUUUGCUAUGGCCAAUCUUAGUGAUACAACCCCUCGCACAUUUGCCUCAAAAUUACAGGCUAGAAGUCCAAAGUAUAUCUCAUUGCUGAACCAUCUCAGGAUAUAUCUUCCAGAGCUAUUCCCUAACAUCGAUAAGGUGGUUUUCUUGGACGAUGAUGUUGUAAUACAACGCGAUUUGGCUCCUUUAUGGGAAAUUGAUCUCAAUGGAAAAGUUAAUGGAGCUGUUGAAACUUGUAAAGGCGAAGAUGAGUGGGUUAUGUCUAAGCAUUUCAGGAAUUAUUUCAACUUCUCUCAUCCACUUAUUGCAAAGAAUUUGAAUCCAGAUGAAUGUGCAUGGGCCUACGGGAUGAAUAUCUUUGAUUUGCAUGCCUGGAGAAAGACAAAUAUUAGGGAUACUUAUCACUCCUGGAUUAAAGAGAAUCUAAAGUCAAACCUGACAUUAUGGAAACUUGGAACUCUUCCUCCUGCUUUGAUUGCAUUUAAGGGUCAUGUUCACCCAAUCGAUCCCUCUUGGCACAUGCUUGGCUUGGGUUAUCAGAAUAACACCAACAUUGAAUAUGUGAAGAAGGCAGCCGUGAUUCACUACAAUGGACAGUCAAAACCAUGGUUGGAGAUAGGUUUUGAGCAUCUUCGUCCAUUUUGGACUAAAUAUGUGAACUACUCGAAUGACUUUAUUAGGAACUGCCACAUAUUGGAGUAGCCAUUAGCAUGCAGCAUGCACCAAUGAAAAUGGUUGGCCAGAGGUUGGAAAUACUACAAAUUAUAGUCCCCUAGAGAGAUAUAUAGAAAAAAUUGUUGAUAUUAGAAUAAAAAAAGACUUAGGAUGUGCUCAAAACUGUGCUACAUGAAAUCUGGAUUUUGCCGUGCCUGUGCCUGUGCCUGUGCCUGUAUCCCUCAAAGGAAAAGAAAUGGAUCUUUACCACUAGCAAGAGGCUCGAGAAUCACUCUCUUUCAGUCUGUAAAGUAGGGGUUCAUCUAUAUUAUGGUUGGAUCAAGGACAUUACUAUUUUUGACCUCCUUGAUGGGGUCUCACCUAUAUCUUAGAGCUCGGAAGGGAAUACAUGGUAUCUGUCCCUGCUAUGCAUAUCGGUGUAUGAGAUAAUAUCGGCUGUAAGGCUUCCGCUCCGGCUCCAUUGGUCGUACAGAUUAUUCUUUUUCAUCUUUUGUUGAUGAGUUUUUGUUGUUAUAUUUCCCCCAUUUUUUUCCUCCUGAUAUUAUAUAUAUCUUAAUGGUGAUAUUCCCUUGUGUAGUUUUGUUACUGGUACCUAAUUCAGUUAAGGAUUAUAUAGGUUACGUGGUAUCUCAUGUGUAUUAUUUAUGCUGCACAUUUUACUUAGAGAUCUUCACAUUAUUCUUUCUAUCAAAGUAAUACAAUUGGUUCUUCA